AAUAAAAAAAACCCUCAAGUAGUGCCAAACCAGAAGGAAAGAUAAAACAAAAAAAUCAAAAACCUGAACAACAUUUGUUACCAAAAAAAAAAUGAAAAGAAAAGAAAAAGAAAAAGAACAAGAAAAAGAGAAGCUACCCCUGAGUUUUGAUUUUUUAUUGCAAAAUGUCCCACGGCGCAGUUUGAAUGUUACUGUGAUGGUGUGUCACGUAACACUUAAUAUCUGCCUUUAUAAAGAUGAAAAGACUCUCAUGCCCUUUUUUUAACCGUUACAUCCAAACAUCUCUUAACCUAAUUCCCCAAAAAUCCCCCAGUCGGAUUGACUCUCUCCCUCGUCUCUAACUAGAUUGAACCUCUCUUCUACAAAAUCACCUACUCCUUCUCACUCUAAUCUAGCAGCUUGACUCUGGACCUCUCUCUCACUGUUUCUAUCUCUAUAUGUAUCCUCUCUCUCUCACUCUCUCUGUCACAGCGUUGGGUAAGGGUCUGCAUCCAUCUCGUAAGGAGUGGUCGACAUCGCCAUUAGAUCCAAUCCCCUGUUUACCAUAAACAUAAACGAGCAAAUAGCCAGCACACGCCAAUAUGAAAGCAAAUCGAUACUCUUUACUGGUCAAAUCUCCAAACGUUUCGAAACGCUCAGGAAAUGCAUCAAAGCCGUACCCAAGAACACUCCGCCGCCGAAUUGCGUCCCGACCACCAGAAACCUCUCAUUCCGUUUCAUGAAGUAGGGCGAUAUACCUCUAAUGGGAGGGCUCCGAUGAAUACGAGAAUUAAGCACCAUAUCUUUACCAGAAUUAACGGUCUUGAUCGGAGGUCCGACUUGUGGGAAAACGAUUCGUCUUCGGCAGAGGCGGAGAGGAAGGGAAAGAGGAAAAGAAGAGAUCGAGGCAUUGGAAUUAAAGAGAGAGGGAUGUGGCCAGACCUAAUUCAAAAGGCAAAGCAAGGUGGAAUUGAUACGAUUGAAACAUAUAUCUUCUGGGAUCAUCAUGAGCCUCGACACAGACAGUAUGACUUCUCCGGGAACCUAGACUUCAUAAGGUUUUUCAAGACAGUUCAAGAAGCUGGACUGUAUGCUAUUUUGCGAAUUGGUCCUUAUGUAUGUGCAGAAUGGAAUUAUGGAGGUUUCCCUGUUUGGUUACACAAGAUGCCAGGAAUUCAGCUAAGGACAGAUAAUGCAGUUUUCAAGAGUGAAAUGCAAACAUUCGUUGCAAAGAUAGUAAGCAUGUGCCAGGAAGCUAAGCUCUUUGGACCACAAGGAGGACCCAUAAUUUUCGCACAGAUUGAGAAUGAAUAUGGAAAUAUCAUGAAAUCUUAUGGAGAAGCAGGAAAGUCAUACGUUAAGUGGUGCGCUAAAAUGGCCCAAGACUUGAAUAUUGGUGUUCCAUGGUUCAUGUGCCUACAACCAGAUGCACCACAACCAAUGAUCGACACAUGCAAUGGGUUCUACUGCGAUGAUUUUGAGCCAAACAAUCCAAACAGUCCCAAAAUGUUCACUGAGAACUGGACGGGAUGGUUCAAGGGUUGGGGUAGCGAAGACCCUCAUAGACCUGCUGAAGAUUUGGCAUAUUCCAUUGCAUGCUUUUUCCAAAUCGGUGGUGUUUUAACUAACUAUUAUAUGUAUCAUGGAGGAACCAACUUUGGGCGCUCAACGGGAGGUCCAUAUAUUACUACAACCUAUGAUUAUGAUGCACCACUUGACGAAUAUGGGCUCCCAAAUCAGCCUAAAUAUGGACAUCUGGCUCAACUUCAUGCUGCUCUUAAGUCGGUGCAGAAGGUUCUCACUAGCACCAAACCCACACACCAGAGUGUUGGAAAUCAAGUUAACUUGACAACAUUCCUUAACAACGCUACGGGAGAAAAGGUCUGUUUCUUGAGCAAUUCAAAUGAAGGACAAGAUGCCAACAUUGACUUGAAAGAGAAUGGCAAGUACUUUGUUCCUGCUUGGUCUGUUAGCAUUCUUGAUAAAUGCAAUAAGGAAAUUUACAAUACUGCAAAGGUUAAUACUCCGACAACUGUGAUGGUUAAGGAACCAAACAAGGCCGAAAAAGAACCUGCCAAGCAUUCGUGGUUAUGGAAAGCAGAGUCCCUCCAAGGAAAGGGACAAUUUACUGCAGCGAAGCUUCUUGAGCAAAAGGAGACAACUGUAGAUGCUAGUGACUACUUGUGGUACAUGACAAGGGUUGACAUUAAUGACACGUCAAUGUGGAAGGAUGCAAAUCUGUUUGUGAACACAACAGGCCAUGUACUUCAUGCGUAUGUAAACCGAAAACUUAUUGGAUCCCAAUGGGGCACAGAUGGGAAAUAUAACUUCACGUUCCAAAAAAAGUUAACACUCAAACGUGGGACUAAUUUUAUAUCUUUGCUCAGCGCCACAGUCGGACUUCAGAACUACGGUGCAUUUUAUGAUUUGGCACCUGCUGGAAUAGUCGGUGGGCCAGUUAAACUGAUCAGCAACAAAAACGUUCCUAUGGAUUUAUCCACAAACCAAUGGUCAUACAAGGUCGGACUGAAUGGUGAGGCCAAAAAAUUCAUGAAUCCUGAAAGUCUUAGUCACCGCUCAAUUAAAUGGUCCACAGAUAAACUUGCCAUAAUGAAACCCAUGACUUGGUAUAAGACCACCUUCCAGGCUCCAUCAGGCAAAGACCCUGUUGUGGUGGACUUGCAGGGCAUGGGGAAGGGGCAUGCUUGGGUGAAUGGGCAAAGUAUUGGGCGCUACUGGCCUACUUUCCUUGCUCCUAAAGUUGGAUGUAAUGCCACUUGUGAUUACCGUGGAUAUUAUAAUAAUACAGCCAGAUGUAUGACAAAUUGUGGCAACCCUACUCAGCGAUGGUACCAUGUCCCAAGAUCAUUUCUCAGAAAUGACAACAACACUUUAGUUUUGUUUGAAGAAAUGGGUGGAAACCCAACACAAGUGGCUUUCCAAACUGUCACCAUUGGAACAGUUUGCGGAACUGCAUACGAGGGGAGCACACUGGAAUUGUCAUGUCAAGGUGGGAAAACAUUAUCGAAUAUCCAAUUUGCAAGCUUUGGGGAUCCAAAAGGAACUUGUCAGACUUUCAGUAAAGGCUCUUGUGAGUCUGCUACGGCCAUGUCUGUUGUGCAAAAGGCCUGCACUGGAAAAGAGAAAUGUUCUAUCAAUGUUAGUGAAGGAACACUUGGAGCAAGCAACUGUGCCAAAGACAUCACUAGGAGGGUGGCAGUGCAGGCUGUUUGCUCAUGAGGGAUGAUUAAUCCUUUUGAAAGCUACUCCCGAGAAAGAGUAGCUAUACAGUUUGAAGAUUGUAUCAAUUACAUAUUUCAAUCUAAAAAAGAAUUAUCCUCUGACUUGUUAACAUAACUCAUCAAUCAUCUCACAGUGGAUAUGAUAGUGGUGGUGCCGGCAAGAUGAAUGGGCUAAUGGCAGAUUGAUGCAUUACCAUGUGCAUUUAUGGACUAUCAAAUGAGCAUAAAAAUUCAGAUAUGAUAUAGCCUGUUGACAAAAGAGGAAAGUUGAAAAUAAAUGAACGCCCUCCAAGAAUUUUUUUUUUUUU